AUGUUUCAUUCACCAUUUACGCGCAUGGUGCAGAAGGCAGUAGCGCGACUUUCUUACAGAGACUAUGAAAAUGGAAAAGCAGAGUACGGCAGCUCUUACUCGAAACUUGGCGUGUUAUCUCAGUCGUCGUUCGAAAACCGCGAAGUGAUGAAUUGUCUUCUGUGUGGUUCCGAAUCAUUAUGGAAUCAAAAAGUGAAUCCCUUUCUUGUGUUAAACCGACGAAUUGGUAACAUGUACACACCGUCGCUGUUCGCUCAGUUGGUGGCUUAUCUGGCAUCGGGGGUUGUCGACGACUUGAGUCGAUUACUAUUUUUUGCAUACGGUAGUGGAUCAGCAUCUGCAAUGUUUUCCGCAUCCAUCCGCGACCGGAAUGACGAACAUCUCAUUCGUAUGCGAGAAGUGUGUCGCACCGCGAUUCUACGAUUAGACGAGAGACAUGAGUGCACACCAGAAGUAUAUUCUGAAACGAUGAAAAUGCGUGAAGUCUUUCUUGCUUCUGAUGUGCCUGUCACUCCUAAAGCAAAUGGAGCGGGACCGUCAUCGACGACUCUGUUCCCUGGAACCUAUUAUUUGAGAAUGUUGGACGAGAAGUACCGCCGAUACUACGAUGUCGUGCCGUAUUGUGCGCGAUUUGAAAGUCACGAAAACGAACAUCCACGACAUAUGGAAUAA